AUGACUACGAAACAGUUUCCACAGACUAUCAAAGCUAUCCAGUAUGUUGAUGUGGGCGGACCCGAGGUCAUCAAGAUGAAUGAGAUUCCCUUUCCGACCCCACAACCCAACGAGAUGGUUAUCAGGGUUUUGUGGGGAGGCGUCAACUUUAUCGAUACCUACUUUCGCAGAGGCAUCUAUCCUCUCAAGUCACUCCCCUGGACGGCAGGAUCGGAAGCUUCUGGGAUCCUCGAGUCGCUUCCCACCGACCCGGCAGUCUUGAACGAUCCAGAGUUCAAAGCAAGGAAUUAUAAAGUCGGCCAACUUGUCGCAACAGGUGUCGGUCCUGCCUUUGCGGAAUACGUCUCAAAACCUUGGAUCAAAGUACUAUCGGUACCAGAUGGUGUAGAUCCAAAGAUCGCAGCGGCUGUCCCUGUGCAGGGCUUGACAGUCUUAACGAUCAUCGAGGAAUCGUAUAAGGCGAAGAAGGGUGACUACUGUCUGGUGCAUGCGGCAGCGGGUGGACUUGGUCUCACCUUCUGUCAACUACUCAGUGCUCGAGGUGUUCAUGUCAUUGGUAGCGUUUCUACCAGGGAGAAAGUAGAGCUUGCCAAGGCAAACGGGGCCGAGUUUGUGAUCAACUACAAGGAAGAAGAUCUCAUUAAACGUGUCAACGAGAUCACUAAUGGCGAAGGUGUCCACGGUAUCUACGAUGGAGUCGGAAAGUCAACAUGGGCCGGAAACUUUGAGAUGAUUCGAAGGAAGGGUACCAUCGUCAGUAUCGGUAAUGCCUCCGGUGUCAUACCACCGAUCUCUGUGCUGGAGCUCAAAAAUAAAAACAUCCACCUCGUCCGCCCAGAUAAUAAUAACUAUCUCGUUACGCCAGAGGAAGUUAACCAAUACAACACCCAACUCUGGGAUGCGGUCACAUCUGGCACCUUGAAGACUCACAUAUACAAAGAGUAUCCGUUUACUCCACAAGGUGUCGCUGAGGCUCAGGAGGAACAGUCGUCAGGGAAGACUACUGGAAAACUUGUCAUCAAGAUAGCCAGCUCGUAG